AUGGCAUCAAUCAGAAGCACCGCAAUCGCUCCAGGCGCGACGGUCCUUGUCACUGGAGUGAAUGGAUUUGUUGGCUCCCAUGUGGCCAAUCAGCUGCUUGAACACGGUUACAGAGUGCGCGGCACGGUAAGGGAGAUUCAGAAGAGUAAUUGGAUGGUAGACUUCUUCGAGAAGAGCUUUGGUCCAGGGCUGUUCGAGCUGGUCGAAGUUCAAGCCAUGACCAACGAUGGCGCAUUCGACGAGGCUUUGAGCGGAGUCGCAGGCGUAAUUCACGUUGCAUCGCCCGUCAGUCUGGAUCCGGACCCAAGCAAAGUCAUCCCGAUCGCUGUCGACAGCACCCUCAACAUACUCAAGUCCGCAGCACGAGAGAAGACGGUCAAGCGCUUCGUCCUCACGUCUUCCUCCUCCGCCGUGACAGUUGCAAAGCCGAACGAGCGUGCGGCCAUCACCAAAGACACAUGGAACGAAGAGGCCGUCCAGAUGGCAGGAAGCCUACCGCACGACCUAUCAGACUUGGAGAAGGGCUUCAUCGUCUACGCAGCUAGCAAAGUCAAAGGCGAGCAGGCCAUGUGGGAAUGGGUGAAGCCGAACGAACCCAGCUUGGUAGUCAACUCAGUGGUCCCUGGCGGCAACUUUGGCCGGAUCCUCAGCCCCGAGAACCAGGGCUUCCCGUCGACGACUAUGUUGGCGGCGGCGCUAUACAACAGUGAUGAGGAUCUCAUCAAGACCUUCGUUACAUCCUACCCUCCAGAAUGGUUUGUCGACGUUCAAGACAACGGACGUCUCCACGUCGCCGCUCUCACGCAUCCCGACGUGUGCGGGGAGCGCGUCUUCGCGUGUGCCUCUCCAUACAACUGGAACGACGUCCUUAGCUCUCUGCGAGAGUUGUAUCCGGCAGGGACGUUUAUGGAUUAUGUGGCUGGACUGUGGGAUGACUUGACCACUUUCUACGGUAUCGGAUAUCCAGACUUUGAGAUCGUUGUGAGUUUUGUGGACAAUUUCGGCAGUAUCUAUGAUGCUGAGAAAUUCUACACUGGGUGA